AUGGUUGCUUUACACAAUACAAUGGAGGGACACAUUGUAUCCCGUCCACUGCAGCAAUGUGCCCUGUCUACUGCAGCAAAAUUGUACUGCAGCAACUUGGAGGAAGAGAAUGGGAAGUUAAUCGGUUACAAGGGUGUAUCAGGACAGCCAGGACUGCCAGGAUUACAGGGGACAAAAGGUUCAAAAGGAUCAAAAGGAGAGCCUGGAGAACCUGGAGCAUCAGGCACUGCAGGCAUAAGAGGUCAAAAGGGUGAACCUGGUUUACCUGGCAGACCUGGGAAUCCAGGGCCCAAAGGAAACAAUGGACUUCCAGGACCACCAGGUCCAGAAGGAAUUUCUGGAAAAGUCAUUUCAGAUGAAUACAUCCGACAGGUUUGCAUGGAUGUGCUAAGAACCCAGUUGCCUUCGGUUUUGCGUGACAAAAGGAACGAAAACUGUUGGCAUUGUCAGAUACGCAAUGGUUCACCAGGACCAGCAGGACCACCAGGACCACCAGGACCUCCUGGACUUCAAGGUCCACCUGGAUUCCCAGGUUUGGAUGGUGAACAAGGUCAACCAGGUCAUUCGGGUUCACCUGGUCUUCCAGGUAUUCAAGGACUCAUGGGAUUCCCUGGUGAGAAAGGUGAGAAAGGUGAUAGAGGAGUAGGUUCCCCUGGAAUGCAAGGCCUACCAGGACCAUCAGGAUCUAUGGGCUUACCUGGAAUUAGUAAAGAAGGAUAUCCAGGAAAGCCUGGUGCACCUGGAAAGGCUGGAAAUCCUGGAAAAUCGGGAAGGCCUGGGCCUCCAGGUCCACCUGGGAUAUGUCAUCCGUCUCUGUGUUAUGGAACAAUUGGAGGAAGAGAUCCCUUUAGAAAAGGACCAAACUAUUGAAGCUGUAUCAUCAACUGUAUUGUAUGAAUGAACUUGGAAUGAGUUUAUGAUGGAUAUAACUAAGUCUGGUGCUUAUUAUAUUUAAAAUCUUAAAAGAAGUCUCAGGAUAAUUUACAUGAGAGUACCCAUGUUCUGCUUUGUCAAACAACUUUUACUUAGGCAUUUCUAAAAUAAGACUGUCGACUGUUUAAAAGAGGUCUAUAGUUACAUAUACAAUACUAGUUUUUACUCUACUUUUUGUAUCAUUUACAUCGUUUGUAUUUGUUAUUUAACGCUAUGCUUAAAGAUGGAGAGGUCAGAUAUUGUAGCGUGUAUUAGUGAGUUUGCUGUACAACAUGCUUUGAUUUGCUAGUAUCUGUUGUUUUUUUAAAAUCUUGAUAAUUUCUUUAGUGUGAUGUACUGCACUAUUACAUAUUUUAGAAAAUUGAAACAGUUAAGUUAAUACUGCAACAGGUAUCAAACGUUGUAAAGAUGUUUGAACAAAUUAAUUCUGUAACUUCUUUACAAAAUUGUCUAUGUCCUCUGUCUGAGAUACUUACUAAAAACAGAAAAGAUAUCACAUUGUCAAAUUUUCACCUUGCAUUCAAUGUAACAAAAGUCAAAUCUGAAACAAUCACAACAAUUGAUGCAAGAGGUGUAAAAGCUGGUUAUUGGUUGGCAAGUUGAUUCUGUGUGGCCAAAGUAUUGCCAUCAAAGUCUACUAGCCAAUCAAUACCCUUUUAUCCCUGUGGUAUAAAUUGUUGUGAUCAUAUAAAAUUUAACAUUAAUGCUUUUGUCUUGAUAAAUGCAGUAUGAAUAGCUUCAACAACAUGUCUCUCUUUUCAGCAAUGUUCAGGUUCUGUAUGAUCAAGCAGUUGUUCAAGUUUAAUAAAAUCACAAUUUAAUUAUUUUCAUUUGUAGUUUAUGCUUUAGUGACUUCUAAAAAUAUUAAAGUCCAGUAAUGCCA